AUGCAAACUGCAGAGCUCUCCGAGCAGCUGCUGGACGAGCUGGCGGCCGCGGACGCCAAGCGAGUCUCGGAGGUCCAGCGCUUGCUGUGGCGGACCUGGUUCUUCCACGAGGAUUUGGAGGCGCGGCAGCUACUGGCGGAGGGCUCGGAGCUGAUGGAUGCGGCAGAUUUUUCGGAGGCCAGAGACCGCUUUCUGCAGGCUGCCCGCCUGGAACCCUCCUGGGCGGAGGCCUGGAAUCGCCUCGCCACAGUUGACUACCUGCUGGGAAAUUACGAGGACUCCUUGGCGGAGAUUGACCAGACCUUAGAGCUGCUCCCGCGGCACUUUGGGGCUCUCUCUGGCCGAGGCCUGGUUUUUCUGAAGCUCGAGCGCUACAGGGAGGCGGUGGACGCCUUCCAGGACGCGCAGGAGCUGGUCCCCGCGAGCGAGGCUCUGCAGCUGAAUGUGGACCACGCCCAAGCCUUCGCGGCGUCAGAUUUGCGAACACAUUUGAUCGCUAACUUCACGCCGCCCACUUUGCCCAUCCAGGAGAGCUAUCUCCGGGUGGCUGCGGAGCGCCAGGUGGAAGGCGAUAUCGUGGAGGUACACUUCGAAGGAUGGUGGGCCCAUCGGCUUGCUGCUCUCUGCCCACAGGACCUUGUCUUCGUGGACCAAGCGGAGCGGGUAGACCUCUCCGACGGAGCGGGCUUUCUGGUGUCCCAGCAGACAGCACGGGCGCCCGAGCGCUUUCGCGAAGCCGACCUGACGCCCACGACUUGGUUUGGUGACUCCCGUUGCUUUUCUCAGAAGCGUUGCUCCGAUGGUGCCGUGAUGUGGCGCAGGAAUUGCCCGCGGGGCUGUCGUGGCCAUCGGCGCCGGCGGAGCGCUGAGGGCCUGUGGAUGGCGCCCCUCUUGGCGCUCGACGUCGCCUCCGGCGCCUGGCUCGGCCGGGAAGCCACUCGACGGGCGGCUCGGUUGGAAAAUGCCGGGGAAGCCGACUGUGAGGGCAAGAUGGCCCAGGGUUCAGGCUUGCAAGCUUUCAAGGAGUACCUGCGCCGUUAUCCAGUGGACAUCGUGGUGGUGCAGGAGAUGUUUACCUUUGGUCUGGGCUUUCUCUGUGAGAAGAGCGAGGCGGAGGAAGUCGCGCUGUUCAUGCACGAGCUGGGCUUCUACUUCCAAACCUCUUCGACGGCCACCACGCCUUUUGUGGGACAGAACAGUGGGCUGGUGGUCUAUUCCAAGCUGCCGUUGACAGCGGAGAACCACGGAGUAUUCCAACAGCGGCGCUCGGUCUCUGCCAAAGGCUGGCUGCAGGUGGAGGUCCAGGUGGGCGAGCGCCGGCUGCAGAUUCUCACAACACACCUGGAGCACGCCCACCAGCCCCGCUGGCGCGCUGUGAGGGAGAGCCAGUGGCGGCAAGUGGCCGCUAUUGCUGCGGCCUCCACGGACCUGCGGAUGCUGUCGGGUGACUUCAAUGUUUGCGGGCAGGAAUUCGGGCAAGCAUUGGACCAGGCAACUGAGUACCACUCCAUGGUGUCGACGCUGGCAGCAGUGGGGCUGACCCAGGAGUUGCCAGAUGCAUCCUCGCUUCAGAUGCCAACGCUUAGAAGCGACAAAAAAGAAGAGCUGCGCUGCUCGCCAGAUCACAUCUUCGUGACCUCCGCCUUGAAG